AUGUAUCGCUCACACAUUCAACGGGCUCUGCGGUCGCAGCGACUUGCACCCUUACGGGUCACAUCAUACCGGACAUCGCCUUCCCCUCAAGCUCGUGCAGCUUUCUCCACAUCGGGGCAACGCGACAUCAUGAGUAUGACAGGUUUUACAGAGGAACAGCUCACAGUCCGUGAAGCUAUUUCAAACAUUUGCUCCAAGUUCCCUAACACAUAUUGGCAAGAGCAUGAUCAACAAGAAAAAGAUCCUAAGGAUUUCCAUGCUGCUUUGGCGAAGGAUGGAUGGCUCGGCAUUGCUCUACCCGAACACCUCGGUGGAGCAGGUUUAGGAAUCUCCGAGGCUACAAUGAUGAUGCAAACUAUCACACAAUCUGGCGCUGGUAUUGCCGGCGCUCAAGCAAUCCACGCAAAUGUGUAUGCAACGCAGCCAUUGGCCAAGUUUGGCACCAAGGAACAGCUUGAAACCACCAUCCCAAAUAUCAUUAAUGGCACAUGGCGCACAUGCUUCGGUGUCACUGAGCCAAACACCGGUCUUGAGACCCUUAAGCUUAAGACCCUCGCUAAGAAGACCGACGAUGGCUACUCCGUCACCGGUCAGAAGAUUUGGAUUACUUGUGCGCAGGUCGCAUCGAAGAUGAUCCUCUUGGCUCGGACUACACCCCUGGAAGAGGUCAAAAAGAUAACCGAAGGUCUCUCCAUGUUCUGUAUCGAUAUCGACAAGGAGAACCCUGGUCUGGAUCUACGUAAAAUCAAAAAGAUGGGUGGAUGUGCUGUCGAUGCCAAUGAGGUGUUCUUCGACAACUAUAAGAUUCCUGCUAACACCUUAAUCGGUGGUGAAAACAAUGGAUUCAAGAUCAUUCUUCACGGCAUGAACGCCGAGCGCUGUCUUCUCGCAGGCGAGGCUCUCGGACUGGGCUAUGUUGCCCUGGAGAAAGCUUCGCAGUACGCGAAGGACCGUGUGGUAUUCGGACGACCGAUAGGUCAAAACCAAGGUGUUGCCCAUCCUCUGGCUGACGCAUACAUGAAGUUGGAAGCCGCAAAGCUGGCCACUUACCAUGCCGCCCGACUGUAUGAUACCAACGACGGAUCGGUUCCUUUCCAGGACAUCGGCGUGGCAUGCAACAGUGCCAAGUAUUUGGCUGCUGAAGCUGCUUUUACAGCUUGUGAGCGCGCAGUAUUGGCCCAUGGUGGUAUGGGUUAUGCUGCGGAGUAUGAUGUCGAGAGAUAUAUGCGUGAAUGCUUUGUGCCUCGCAUUGCGCCCGUCAGUCGCGAGAUGAUUUUGAACUUUGUCAGUGAGAAAGUACUUGAGCUACCAAGGAGCUACUAG